AUGCCCGGACCCUGCGCAGUGAUGGUUCGGUGCUGUCCACCAAAGCUGAUGAUGUUGAUGGUGACUCUGCUGGUUUUUGCCAAAAUUGUCUGUCUACAUGGAAAUGCUGUCACAGGUAUGAUCAUGUCUGCUCAGUCUUCUAGAAAACCAGAAUUAUUUCAGAAGAUGUAAUACUCUAUAAUGUUAGUGUCCAACUGAAUGGCUCAACAACUUUUUUAAACUGGCUAUUGUGAAGACCUCAGCUGUAGACUGUUCCUCCUUUGAUGUACUGCAGAUGGUUUACGCAGUUAGCAACCUAGUACAGUCGUUUUAUCUAAGUAUUUUAAGGAAAGGUAUCAUUUCUCUAUAAAGUUGUAUGUCAACAAAGAAACAGGGACGCUGUGGCCAGGCGAGAGUGAUGGAAAGGCUGGUUUAAUUCCUGCUCACAUGUUGAAGUUGUCCAUUAAAGAAACAUACAGGAAAUGUAGAUUUACCAAUCUACGUUUAUGUCUUUUCAAAUUGUGCACUUUUUAUGCCCUGUUAAUGACCUCGCCACACUUAAAAAAAUGUUAGUUGUGUAACAUGAUGAAGUCAUGAUGACAAACUUGUUACACCACUGUGUGAAGUACUUGAUUUUGAUUUUAUUUUUGCUCCAUAGCAACAGUCCGUUGUUUUUGAAUAGCACACUGUUGCCAUGCAUGAGGCUCCAAUUACAAACACAAAGCUAGAUGGACUAACAAUAAUCAUCCAAAUUAACCAGAAAGCAGCUUAAAGAGUUUCAUGUCAGUUUAUUGUGGAGGGAAAACACCCGCACACUGUCCAACUUGCAGAAAAAGAAAUAAGUUUCGGUACUAGAAACUAGAAAUUCAUUUCAGGCAAAAUGAAUUGCCCGAUGAAGGUCUAGUACCAAAAAGUUGCUGCUUUAAAUUGUUUCUUUUUCUGUAAGUUGGACAGUAUGCGGGUGUUUUCCCUCUGUUUAAAUUGCUGGAUCCCUGGCUCUCUGACGCACCUGUCCUAAAUUAUAGAUGUGCGAAGUUACCUCUCCAGUUUGUUUACUGUGGGAAGACUAACAAGAGAGACAAGAACAACAGAGAAAAGUAUGGAGAGGUCAAAAACACAAAAGUUAUAGACUAUGACAGCAAAAUCAACAAAACGGAAAAUUUAAUGUUUCAAAAAUGGAUGAAAAUCUUUCAAAAUCAAUAUUUUGAGUAAAUUAUCAAACUACCAAGUUAGUAACAAUAGGAUAAAGUAUAUCAUGCGGGUUAUUAUAACUUACCAAAACCUCUUCAUGAUGAGUCCGGACAACUCCACUCUGUGUCUGGGUCAUUGGUGUAACAAUAGCUACCCACAUACAAUACAUUAUCCUUCACAUAGUCCGUCUCUCAACAAUACUGCCAAUGUUUGCAAUAAAACAGUUAUCACUUGCUGUGGUUAGGGGGUCUGCUAAUACUGGACGUAAAGAAAGUCUCCUAAUCGUUUUCAAUAUGAGUGAUGCAAAAAGAGACAAAUUUUUACUGUAUUUGUAUGAUUGUUGUAACUGACUACAAAACUGAUGAUUUAAAAUCAGUCAUGAAAAUUCUUAGAAAUGUGUUACUUUAUCAUUUUGAAGCACUUUAAAGUGAUAAAAGUGUCGUUAGACCACAGUCUGAGUUUGGAGUCUAGGAUAAAGGUUACCAAAUGGCACUUUUCAACAUCUGACCCAAAUGUGACGUUUCCUGUGAUUUUUUUCAGCUGUGAACAACAAUCUUCACUGUGUGAGUGACUAUGUGUCCAUCAUUAACUGCUCCCUGAACAAUGAACCAUCUCCAAACAGCUCAGACAGCAACAGUACUUACUGGCUCACCGUCGUGGAAACAUAUCAAGAGUAAGGCACUUUUUACAGAUAAUGGAUUCUUUAAGUAAAGAUAUGUCUCUUCACUCUUGCUUCUCCUGUCUUUGCGCAGAUUGGAGUUUGUGUGUAUGCUGAUAAAGAAUAAUGUGGAUUCCUCCUGCUCAGUAAAAAUAUACAACCCAUACACCGAUGACGACUAUGGUUCGAAUGACUUCACUGAUAAUGAUAGCUUUGACAUUUCACUCUGUCACAACCAAAGUAACGGAGCUAAAAUCUGUAAGCAGCUGAUGAAAGAGUUUGAGCCUUUCAAAAAUGGUCAGUAUCAUACGAGUCUGAACUUUCAUGGAGCAUAUUUACAUAAAUCCAGAAAAAAAACAUUUUUUCAUGAUAAAAACUGGUGUGAUUUUGUCUUUAAUGUGGUCUCUCAUCAGUUAAACCUAACCCACCGUGCUGUCUUAAUCUGAGCCACCAAUCAGGGCGGUACCACUUCACCUGGAAUAGCACCUAUGAGCAAUACAGCUGGUUCACCACUCUGGCUAAUGAAAUGAUGUUCCAGCUCCACUACUACAAAAAAGGAGACAAACUUAAUGUAAGAUUCAAUAUAAUGUAAUGAAAAAGAUGCUCUUUGUUGAAAAAGUAUGAACAUAUCCUUUUUUGGGAAAAGGUUAGAGAGGUGUGUUAGUAGAAUUUCAAACUACUGGAAAACAAAUAAUGCAUAAAAGUUAAAAACAGUCUCUCAGAUGAUGAAAGAUCAAAUAAAAAUACCUAAAGCUCCUGUGAAUAACUUUCAGCUUUUAUUAAAUUUGUCGACCCCUGUGGUCAAAGCAGUUCUUGCUAAUUUGUCCUUAAGUUUGAUGGCACACAACCUCAUCCUGCUGUCUUCAAAUGCACCGCUUAUCCUGGAUCUUAGCUACUGCUCAUGUGAAAGAAGGCCGUACUUGCAGCUGCGUACGUGCAGCUCUUCAUUUUGUCUUACAGCUACCCCCAGCUUGUGGUUAUAAACAUUAGAAUAACAAUAGAAAUUGUUACUCUCAUUAGUAAAAGUCUUGUUUGCCUUUAUAGGUCAAAGCAGCAGCAGUUUUCAUUUCAGUCAGCAAAGUCCUCACAAGAGCAUUUAGUUUGGUAGAUGUUCUCGCAUGAAAACCAAAAUAAUUGAACCCUAAAUGUUGUUAAAUGUCCAAACAUUAUAAAAUUUUUGACCAGCAACACAACUGUGCCUUUGUUUCUCUUUAGUGCCACAGCAAACAUGUCUCACAAAUUUGGUUUCAACGUCCACUAUAGGGUUGAAGUUUGCUGCUAAGCCUCCAUUUGGGCACACACCAGUUGCUUCUUUUCAACCCUUUUUUCAGCUAUUUCUGUGUUGUUGUUUUUUUUUGUGACUGACAUAACCAGCUGAGUGGAGAGGACAGUUUGCGUGGCAACGGGUGGCAUGUUAGGUGCAUCUUCUGGUGGGAGGGGCGUAGCAGCAUUUCCAGGUAGUAGAGGGAGAGACAAAUGUACAUGUUUUGUAUGAUUCUGGUUCACUACAAAAGUGAAGCUCUACAUUUGAAAUUUUCACAUAGGACCUUCCUACAAAACUGAUAACCAGUUUGUAGAAAAUAUACAAAAACAUCCAUGGAUAAUAUUUUAAUUAGACAACAAUGGAAUGGGGGAAAAUAAACUGCAUUGUAAGACCAAAAAACUUCACAAGCAGGACUUUAAGGGGUUAGUUUAAAAUUCAAAAAACAGUUUAGAUUUCCAGUUUUAUUUCUAUUUGAAUGUAAGUUUUUCAAAAGACAUGAAAUUUUGAUUAUAUCUCGGCAAAUAGUUUGUUUUUUUCAGUACAACUAGACUUCCCAACAGCAUGUCUCUUUUUCUUUAUAACUUUCUCAUCUGUUAACUCUGUUUAUCUCUCUUUAGGUCUUAUCACAUGGUAAAAUCAGCGUGGCCAAAGCAAAUUAUUCUGUGGAUGAUCAUAACUUUCUGCCUGACACUGAGUACCUCGCCAGAGUGCGCUCCAGUCCCAAUCAGGCGUAUUUCGAGGGCCAGUGGAGCAGCUGGUCCUCUGAAGUUAACUGGAGAACCAAACCAGCUGUAAAUGGUAAAAUUGCUCAUAAAAACACAACUGGACAGGAUAAAUCAAGACAAAUAAUAAAUGUGUCAAUUUUGAUUUUUGUUGCCGUAUUUGUUGUGUACCAAUUUUCCAGUGAACUCAUUCAAGUCUGGCCUGGGUAAGGUGUUUGUCCCCUUAUGUGUGAUGGCGCCACUUGUCUUACUUCUCUGCUGUGCUCCAGUUAAAAAGUAAGGCCAAGUGCCACCUCUUUGUAAAUACCAAACCCCUGUUAGUUAACGCUAGUUGCUGAAUGUUAUCCCUCUGUUUUCAACACUUACAGGUGGAGGAAAAGUUCCUUCAUCCCAACUCCAGCUCCUUAUUUCCACACUUUGUACAAUGACUGCCAUGGAGAUUUCAAGGUAUGUUAAACACUCUUUGGUAAUGAUGAUAUUUUACAGAUUUCCCUGAACACUAAAGUUCUUCUUAUUCUUAUGGCUGUGAUUACAGAGCUGGGUGGUUACACAAGAAAACACAACAAACAUGCUGAAGGCUGAAGAAACACUCCAAAUAGACGCACUGACCAAGUGUGCAGAAGUCCAGGAAGGGAAGGUUGGGUUGGAGGAAGAAAAGAGUCAGUCGCAGUUUCAGCACGAGUUCAUGGGGGGCAGCACAUACGGCAACAUCACUGACCCAUGCCAUGAUACCUCUCUGCUGGGGGUCCCAUAUGCUGUUAGCACCAUGUCUCCUCUGUCACAUUCAGGGGGCUUGUUUGAGGGUCUGUACUUCAGCUCCUGGGAGUUGAAAGACUCAGCUCCUGGAAGUCCUGCAGAGGGAGACUCAGGGUGCUGGCUCAGCAGCCACUCGUCCCUAGAGAAGGAUUCUCCCUGGUACUGCAAUGAGUACUGCACCCUGAGCGCCUUCCAGCAGAUCAGCCCAGUCACAGCAAUGACAUCCUGCACCAACAGGGAAGAGCAGAGUGGGUGCCAGAGCUGA